AUGUCCAUGACGAUGACCUCCGGUAGCAUGAUGCCCUCUUCGACUAGCGACUCGUCCAUGUCAGGCAUGGACAUGAACUCAAUGGGCAUGAUGUCGAUGGGCGACAUGAUGAUGGUGUUCUUCAGCUCCAUCAAGACGCCACUGUACUCCGAAGCCUGGUCGCCUGGUACUACCGGUCAAUACGCUGGAACCUGCAUCUUCUUGAUCGUCCUGGCCGCCAUCUUUCGCGGCAUCAUUGCGAUACGAGCCAACUUCCCCGCGCUUGCCGUCUGGUGGGCGCACAGAAGAGACACAAGCAUUCUGAGGAAAGAUAUGCAGGAGGAGAUGAAGUGGAAUCUGCUGCCUGGCGCAAAGAGGCCGUGGAAUAUCAAUGAGGCCUUGGUGAGGGCGGUACUGGACACGAUCCUGGCUGGUGUGAGUUACUUGCUUAUGUUGGCUGUAAUGACGAUGAACGUUGGAUACUUCUUGUCUAUUCUCGGUGGCACGUUUCUUGGGAGUUUCAUCAUUGGGGACUGGUCACCAACGUCGGCGAUGCACUGCGAUGCUCAUUAG